AUGGACGAGAAAGAAUCGGUAUUCGCGCUGAUUACUAAAGUGUCACCAUCGCCGUCAUCGAACGUCGAAGCCGAUGAAGUCGACGAGGACUACAAGAAACGAGAAGGAGAAGAAGAGGAAGACGAAGACGAAGAAAGCGAAGAAAAGACGAGAGAAAGAUACAAGAGCAAAUACACCGGAUCGAUCCAUCCAUCUGCAUUCCCUACGUUUGGUGUUAACGAUAGACGUUUAGCUGCUACGUUUGGGAAGGCAAGGAAUGCUCUGGAACCGGACCCGAAAUCGUUUCUUCAACGUAGCUCGUCGGUGAAAUUGAACGCAGCCGAGCGAGCUCGACGACCAAUGAUCGAGACCAUCAAAGACAGCGCGCGCGAAAAAGCGAGAAUAAAAGCACCAAUACCGUCUGACCGGGGUCAACUGAGAGAGCGAGUAGUAAUCGAUCGAGUGAAAAAGAACGCACUCGAUGUUAUCUUUACCGAAGGAAACCCACAGGUGACGAAAACUGGCGAUGCCAGGCUAUUCGAGGAGUACAAUAGAAAGACGCGCGGAAAAGUUCCGAAGUAUUUACAAGAGAUUAAGAAAAACAUCGCACAUGAUAAUCGUGUUGUGACUGCGCCAUUAGCUCGCGAUAAAGAGUUGCUUACCGAGGAGGAAAACGGCGAAGAAGCGGUGUUACGACAACAGUGGCUAUACUUGAACGCGAUAUAUCAAAAACUACCAUUCGUUAUCGAUACUCCAUCAAAGAAAGCGAGAAAAGAAGAAUGCGAACGACAGUUGGAUGCAAUUGAACGCAGACUAGUAUUAUCGCAUUGA